AUGAAUUGGCAUACGGAAACGAAGCCGGCUCCAGGUCGCAUAGUACGAUCUUUCAGUCAAGAUCUCGAAUCUGUCGUGUUUGCCGUAGUGGCGUUCCUAUCUGGUGGAGUCAUUCUGUUCCUCGGCUGUUUCAUUGUCACAAAAUGCUUCCAGUGCUACAAAGAAAGUAUACGAAGGAAACGAAGGCGAGCCAUGGGUGUCGAUGACGACGAAUUAAGUGCUGCCGUGUUAAGUGGAGCUUUCGAUACAGAAGUCUGUGAGGAGGAAGAAAGUCGCCUUGUCAGUAUUUAG